AUGCUUCAGAUGGUUGGCAACAACGUUAUAUUUGUGACCCGUGGACGGUCAUUUCCGAUCCCUGACGAGUUCACCUCUGAAUACCACCAGCCCGAGAUCAAGAGGGAGAACCAUGAAAAUUCAUUCACCAUAACUUUUUUCGAAAAGGAACGAACAAAAAGGGCGGAAAUAUUAAUAUGUGAUAAAUUACUAGAAAAAACAACAGCAAGUUUCAACCAGAGCAUCUACUUUAGUGAACUAUCCUUCAAAAUGCUUUCGUACGCCGAAACCUUUGACAUAACCUACAAUCUGCAAGGUCUUGAAAGUUCUUCACGAAUAAUAUUCGAAAGUGAAAGAGAAAGAGAAUUUCAGCUGUAUACCUGGACAAUAGUGAGCAGCUUCAUGUCCAUUCCAACGGACUCCACAAUCACAUUUAUAUUCACCUUCCCGAACCAAGAUCUCGUCAUGAAUUCACACUACAAAUUCAAAUACGAUUAUGUCCUACUCCCGGUAAAUAUCACCAUUGACAAAAUAUUUGAGAAGCCUGGCGAAACAUUUACACUGUCAGCAGUUUCAAAACCAGACGUUCAUGUAUGGAAUAUCAAGGUCGAGAUCGUUAACAAGAAAGAGAAAUUAAAUUCUACCUCUUACAAAAUUGAUUUCAAUAAGAUAACUUUUGAAGAGCCAAACAGUUUGAUAGAAAAAAAAAUUGGCUCCUAUACAGCAUUUAACGAGAAUCAGACGGAGCUGGUAACCUCCCCAUGCAUAAAUAUCAAAUGCGAGUCUCACGACCCAAACCUCGAAGUGGUAAGUUUCGAUAUUUUCAGCAUAGGCAGAGCCGACGGUGAUUCUUCAUUCUACUCCAAGCCAGUGCCCAGUUCCAUCUCAAUAUUUCGCACUGGAGUGUACAAUCUCGUAUGUACUCUACAAGAUAAAUCAGCUGUGAAGUACAAAAUCAACGGUACCGUCAUAGUUGUUGCAGAGCAAAAUGUGGAAAAUUGCGGUCCCUGGGCAUUAUUCAACGUUACAAUUCCGAACAAAAGCAUACCAGACCAGCAAAAUAACUACAUGUGGUGGUUCGCUGUUACUCCCUGCCCCGUUCUCUUCUUACUCUGUUCAAUUUGUACAAGGAGGCAAAAUUUGUCGCACGUAGCAGCGUAUUUCGUUUCGAAACAGCAUUUUCGGUUUUACGAUCGUAUGCUAAUUGGAUUCAGAUUCGGGUCCGUCCUGACCAAUCGUCAAAAUUCGGAUUUGGAUCCAGACACCUCGGUUCUCAAGUUCUUGGAAUUGUCCCAUUUCUAG